UCCUUGCUGUUCAUCGCUCUUGGAGCGGCAGCUUCCCCCGUCCCGGCCCCUAGUACGGCAACCAUGCCGAUCGCCAGGAGGUUCAAGACAAACUCCAAUGGCGUGGCUAAGAUCGUGGAGAAUGACCGCGCUCGCAUUGCUCACCUGAAGAACCUCUCUAAGGAUAAGGCGGCGAGCUCGAAGCGUGCUGAGUACUCAUUCUCGGUGACGAACGGUGCUGUCUCUUACUAUGCUACUGUCGGCGUCGGUAGCCCGGCCACCGACUACACUCUCAUCGUGGACACUGGUAGCUCCAACACCUGGGUCGGCGCGUACCAGCGGUACACCAGGACGAGUACCAGUAAGAGUACCGGUGACCGGGUGGAAGUCAGCUACGGCUCUGGAGCGUUCGAGGGAACGGAGUACACGGACCGUGUGACACUCUCCUCGAACUUGGUCAUCAACUCUCAGUCCAUCGGUGUCGCCUCAGAAUCAGAAGGUUUCGGGGACGGCGUUGACGGUAUACUUGGCAUCGGUCCCACCGACCUCACUGAAGGCACUGUCUCCAAUGUCAAUGAGGUUCCAACGGUGACCGAUAAUCUCUACUCUCAGGGAACUAUCUCCUCGGAUGCCGUUGGUGUAUUCUUUGCGCCUACCACGUCUGAGUCCGACACCAACGGCGAGUUGACCUUUGGUGGCGCUGACACCACCAAGUACACCGGCACCCUAAACUACGUUCCUGUUACUACUACGGAGCCGGCUAGCUACUACUGGGGUGUCAACCAGGAGGUUACAUACAACGGCGAGACCAUUCUGUCUGAGACCGCCGGUAUCGUCGACACUGGUACAACCCUCGUUUACCUGGCUACCGACGCCUAUGACCGCUAUGUCAGUGCCACUGGUGCCACUCUGGACUCGGAAAACACCGGUUUGCUUGAGAUCAGCGCUGCGCAAUACGCUGCCCUGCAGACUUUGGACUUCAACAUUGGUGGCACGACCUAUGGUCUCACGGCUAACGGACAGAUCUGGCCGCGAUCCUUGAACACCUACAUCGGUGGGUCCAGCGGGAGCAUCUACUUGGUCGUCAACGACCUCGGGAGCGACAGCGGUGAGGGCCUUGACUUCAUCAACGGGUACACCUUCCUCGAGCGUUUCUACACUGUCUUCGAUACCACGACUUCCUCCAUCGGGUUUGCGACGACCUCUUAUACCGACGCUACGACCAAUUAGACGGGGGUAAUGGGCACUGUGAAGGGUCAUGGAUGUAUUGCUACGUCUUUAAGGACUAAUGUAUGAGAAAUGUAC